AUGGCUUCAGGAUCAACCAAAUUGAUCCCUUAUAUCCGCAACAUAGCAGCUCCGGGCACUGACCACUUGCAGUACGAGUUGCCAACACAGUUUCAGAAGCGUCCAGGCUUCAACACCAGCGGCACCACGGCACAAGUCGCUGUCAACGCCUAUACCGUCAUACAGUAUCCGACGGUCAAAGUCUAUCAGUACGACGUGAUCAUCGGUACCGGUGCAGAGAAGCGGGUUGUGCAGCGCAAAGUCUGGGACUCCAAGGUUCGCAAGGAUGCGACAGGUCCUGCCAUGAUCUACGAUGGCAAUCGUUUGGCAUGGUCCCUGCGUGACGAACCUGAAAUUCGUCUCAUGGUCGACCUGGACCGCGAAGAAGGUCGCCCUACACGUGAUGGUAGGAAUUCUUUCCGACUCCACAUCAAGAAGACUCGCAAUAUGGACAUGAGUAUUGUUCAGCAGUAUCUUGAUGGUAGGAUUCAGUUUGGCUUUCAGGUCGCAGAAGCCAUCAACUUUAUGGACCACCUCUUGCGUGAAGGCCCAUCAACUUCUCCAGAGUUUAUCACUGUCCGCCGGUCCCUGUUCAAGCGCCAAGGUCAGCGAGCUGAUCUCGGAGGUGGCAUUGAAGUCUGGCGUGGUAUCUACCAGUCCAUGCGUCUUGCUGAAGGAAAGAAGCUGAUCAUCAACCUCGACGUUGCCAAUACCUGCUUCUGGAAACCGGCCUCCCUUACUGCUGCCAUCGUCACCAAGAAUCGGGAGGUCCAAGAUGUCUCUCAUAUCGUCCAUCUCAUGACACCGGUAAGAACCAAUGGAAACAAAGUUGCUAGCGCCGCACACAAAGCCAUCGAAAAGGACUUCAAGGGUAUACUCGUCAAAGCUCAGUACAAGGGCAAUCCGUUGCCGAACAAGGAAUGGAAGAUCCAUCGUUUCGACUUGAGCAACGCCAAUGAGGAGAGAAUCGAAUGGAAGGAUCCACAAACCAAGCAAGGCACUGGAGAAAUGGUGACCAUUGCUCAGUACUUCAAGCGCAAAUACAACAUGGCUUUGCAGUAUCCUGGUCUGCCUCUAGUGGAGAUGACCAAGAGAGGCGUCAAGUACCCUAUGGAGUUCUUGCAGAUCCUCAAUGGGCAGCGCUUUCCAGCCAAGUUGGAUGAGUACCAAACUGCAAACAUGAUCAAGUUUGCCGUCUCGCCGCCACAGGUCCGACUCAACGCCAUCAACGAGGGCAAAUCAUGGCUCAACUGGAACAAGGAUCCGUAUCUGACGCAGUACGGCCUACGCGUGGACAACGAGCAAAUUAAGACAACUGCUCGCAUCCUUCCGGCGCCUAGUAUCAAAUUCGGCAACAAGACGGAGAAUCCGGGCACCAGAGGUCGCUGGGAUCUGAAAAACAAGCGUUUCCUUCUCGGCAACCCUACCGAACUUGUCGCAUGGGGUGUGGGUUUGUAUCCUGGAAAAUCGAUGCCAGAUAAGGCAGCAAUCGACAAGUUCUGCCUCGAUUUUGCUCGAGCAUACCGUGCCCACGGUGGCAAGGUUGCGAAUAGGCCGCCCUUCAUCAAGCUGGUCGAGAAGGAUGCUGGUAAAGGCGUCGAGACUCUUCACCAGCAGACGGGUAAUCAUUUCAACCAGAAGCCUCAACUACUCAUCUUCUUGGUUCAGGACAAACAGGCUUUUCAUUACCUACGCAUCAAGAAGUCCUGCGACUGUCGCUAUGGUGUGGUAUCGCAGGUGAUGCAGGUUGGGCAGGUACUGAAAGGCAACGCGCAGUACUAUUCCAACGUACUCAUGAAGGUCAAUGCCAAGUUGGGAGGCACCACUGCCCAGGCAAUUCCUGCUCCUGGCAGUGGCUUCAAGUCAUUCUCAGUCCCGACGAUGAUCAUUGGCGCGGAUGUUUCUCAUGCCUCGCCAGGUAGUCAGCAGGCAUCGAUGGCCGCUCUCACCAUCUCGUUCGAUCGCUUUGGUGGACGGUACGCUGCCGCUUGUCAAACCAACGGUCAUCGGGUGGAAAUGAUCUCUGAAGCCAAUAUCAGAAACAUGCUUGGUCCACUUGUCAAGAUGUGGAAAGACAAAGUCGGCGGUGGAAGAGGCCCCCAACAGGUCUACUACAUCCGAGACGGCGUGUCUGAAGGGCAGUUUGCUCAUGUGCUCAACCAGGAGGUUCCGCAUAUCAAGUCAGUCUUGGACGUCGCGGCUGGGAAGAAGUGGGAGGGCAAGAUCACAGUGAUCGUUGCAUCGAAGCGCCAUCACGUCCGCGCAUUCCCGACCGGAAGUGGUGCCGAUCCGAAGGGCAAUCCUCUGCCUGGAUGUCUGAUCGAGAGAGAUGUCACCAUGCCAAACGAGUGGGACUUCUUUCUCUAUUCUCAUAUUGCACUCCAAGGCACAUCGCGACCUGUUCAUUACACAGUGCUCCAUGAUGAUGCCAACCACCGUCCUGAGGCCUUGCAGAAUAUGAUCUACGAGCACUGCUACCAGUACAUGCGCUCGACCACAUCUGUGUCGCUCCACCCAGCAGUCUACUAUGCGCAUCUGGCCUCCAACCGAGCCAAGGCUCACGAAGAUACGCCUGCUACUGCAGGUCCUCAAGGCGGUGCAGGCUUCAAGCAGAUGCCUCCGCCAGCUCACAGCUCGGAGCCUUCUGAAUCGGAGGUCAAGCCGUUGAUCCCGCUCUACAAUAGCCAUGGCAUUAUCUAUGCGAUGUGGUACAUCUGA